CGGCGUGUCGCCAUUUUGUUGGCUUUGUUAAAAUACUGAAAAAAUCAGUAGAGCCCAACUAUUAAUUGAAAUACGUGUUUUAUGAUUUAUUAAAAUGUCCAAACGUCGUAUUGAAGUAAUUGAUCCGUUUAUCAAAAAGAAAAGGGAAGAGAAGGCUGCGGCUGCUGCGAAAUCUGGAAUCACCGGUGAACCUUCAGAAGCAACUACCAACACGACUACCACCAUGGCUACCAAUACACCUGGACUAAAUAAAUAUACUGGUCUUCCGCAUUCACAACGUUACCAUGAGCUAUUACGAAAACGUUUAGGACUCCCAGUCUGGGAAUACAAAAAUGAUUUCAUGAGAUUACUCAACACUCACCAAUGUAUAGUGCUCGUAGGAGAAACAGGCUCAGGGAAGACUACCCAGAUCCCCCAGUGGUCUGUAGAGUUUGCUGCAGUAAGUGGCCUAGGCAAGGCUAAAGGAGUGGCCUGUACUCAACCAAGACGAGUCGCUGCUAUGUCUGUUGCUCAGAGGGUAGCCGAAGAAAUGGAUGUGGCUUUGGGUCAGGAAGUUGGUUACAGCAUUCGGUUUGAAGACUGUUCAGGGCCACAAACACUUCUAAAAUACAUGACAGACGGUAUGUUGCUAAGAGAGGCUAUGUCUGACCCAAUGCUAGAACAAUAUAGAGUUAUACUCCUCGAUGAAGCCCACGAAAGGACACUUGCAACAGAUAUCCUGAUGGGUGUUCUCAAAGAAGUCAUAAAACAGAGGUCCGAUUUGAAACUUGUUAUUAUGUCAGCCACGUUAGAUGCUGGAAAGUUCCAGCAUUAUUUUGACAAUGCUCCAUUAAUGAACAUUCCUGGUCGGACUCAUCCGGUAGAAAUAUUUUACACUCCACAACCUGAACGAGAUUACCUAGAAGCUGCGAUAAGGACUGUAAUACAAAUCCAUAUGUGUGAAGAGAUCUCUGGUGAUAUACUACUAUUUUUAACUGGACAAGAGGAGAUUGAGGAUGCUUGUAAGAGAAUUAAAAGAGAAAUAGACAAUCUGGGAACUGAUGCAGGAGAGCUAAAGUGCAUACCGCUAUAUUCAACAUUGCCGCCAAAUUUACAGCAACGGAUCUUUGAGCCGGCACCUCCAAAUCGACCAAACGGAGCCAUCGGCAGGAAGGUGGUAGUGUCCACAAACAUCGCUGAAACAUCUCUGACUAUUGAUGGUGUUGUUUUUGUCAUUGACCCAGGUUUUGCGAAACAAAAAGUUUAUAAUCCCCGUAUAAGGGUGGAGUCGUUAUUGGUUUCUCCGAUAAGUAAAGCAUCAGCCCAACAGAGAGCGGGGAGGGCCGGCAGAACUAGACCGGGGAAGUGCUUCCGGUUAUAUACCGAGAAAGCAUACAAGGAUGAAAUGCAGGACAAUACUUAUCCUGAGAUUUUGAGAUCAAACUUAGGAUCUGUAGUUUUGCAGUUGAAGAAGUUGGGCAUCGAUGACCUGGUGCAUUUCGAUUUCAUGGAUCCACCGGCUCCGGAGACACUCAUGCGGGCGCUCGAGCUGCUCAACUAUCUGGCUGCGCUGGAUGAUGACGGUAACCUCACUGACCUGGGUGCUGUGAUGGCGGAGUUCCCCCUCGACCCACAGCUGGCCAAGAUGCUGAUAGCCAGCUGCAAUCACAACUGUUCCAACGAGAUCCUCUCCAUCACUGCCAUGCUGUCAGUGCCGCAGUGCUUCGUGAGACCAAACGAGGCGCGGAAGGCUGCGGACGAGGCUAAAAUGCGUUUUGCCCACAUCGACGGUGACCAUCUUACGCUACUGAACGUAUACCACGCCUUCAAACAGAACAUGGAGGAUCCCCACUGGUGCUAUGAUAACUUCAUCAAUUACAGAUCGCUAAAGUCGGGCGACAACGUCAGACAGCAACUUAGCAGGAUUAUGGACAGGUUUAAUUUGAAAAGAACAAGCACAGAAUUCACAAGCAAAGAUUAUUACAUCAACAUACGGAAGGCACUUGUAAAUGGAUUUUUCAUGCAGGUGGCGCACCUCGAGAGGACGGGCAGCUACCUGACGGUGAAGGACAACCAGGUGGUACAGCUGCACCCCUCCACGUGCCUGGACCACAAGCCCGACUGGGUCAUAUACAACGAGUUCGUGCUCACCACCAAGAACUACAUUAGGACUGUCACUGAUAUCAAGCCGGAAUGGCUGCUGAAGAUCGCUCCCCAGUACUACGAGCUGGGCAACUUCCCGCAGUGCGAGGCGCGGAGACAGCUGGAGCUGCUGCAGGCCAGGCUCGACUCCAAACACUACCAGGAGGGCUUCUAGAAUAAAGUACACAUCAUAGUAUCCGUU